AACUUUAAAUAUCAAUCAGCUGUCAAAGAUAAAAAUACUUAAAAUGUAAAAUUGCACUUAUUUCUCCCGUUUGGCGGCGCUGUUAUCAGUGAACAUGAGGCUAUUACUUUUCGCGUACCUGUCGAUUUUACUGCAGAGAAGUACAGUCAAUAUCAGGAAAUUUUCCCAUUGGAGAUAUGUCUCCUUAUACUCCUUCAUGGGGGCCAUGUUUUUCAGCCCGUCAAGUCUCCUUAUACUACUUCGUGAAGAGGCCAUUAAAACAAAACAAACAAACAAACAAUGGUUGUCAUUUAUGUUUUCCUGAAUGAAUAACAUGUUUUAUUUGAACUGAAUUUUAUAUUUUUACUUGUACAAAGAACAGUUUUAUUAUGGCUUGUUGUGUCCCAGGAUGCAAAACAUCUUAUAAGGAUCGAACGAAAAAUAGAUUUUCGUUAUUUACUCCUAUCGAAACGCAAAAGGAAGAAUGGAAAAGAAUAUUAAUGGAAAAAACAACUCGAAAGGAAUGGAAAGAUAAUUAUAAACUUUGUGAACUGCAUUUUUCUGAAAACGUUAUUGAGAGAGAGCGGAAUAUUUUAAAAAAAAAUGGAAUUGUUUUGAAGGAAGUUAGGAAAAGGCCUAUUUUAUCCGCAAACGCAGUACCUUCAAUUUUUCUGGAUAAAGUUUUAAAAAGAAAAUUAAAUGAUGAAACGGAAAAUUGUACAAUCGUUAAAGAAAGAAAAAUUGUCAAUUUGUUUGAAGAGGUAUUCAAAAAGUUAAAAGAAAAUUCCACCAUUUUCAAAAGUUUCAGAAGCAAUCUUUGGUUUACUAAUUACACUGAAACAGAAUUGAUUUCAUUUAAUAUGUGGAAAGAAGACUUUUCUGGAAUAUUGAAGAAUAUUGUUCUUCACAAGGAUUCAAAAGUUCUUGUUCACAUAAAUGGAAAAACUAUUCAUUUGCCAGAAAUGGAAAAUCUUUCAGAAUUGAGUAGUUUUCAAAAGUUAUUAAAAAAAGUUGUCCAAAUUGAUCCAUGUUUAGGUACUCAGGGGGAAAUUGGUAGAGUUAACUGUCUUGGAUACGUGGAAAGAAAUAAAAUUGAUCGUCCAGAAUUGCGGUGUGAGCCAUGUUCAAAAGAGCACGCGUAUGCUGUUCGCAGGCUAAUUCGCAGGCUCCUCGGAAAAUGGCCCAGUGUGGCACUUCGUUAGAGGACUAUUGUUUGUUGAACAGGUAAAUAAUGGGAUUCAUUUAAUUGAGGCUGCUUUGUCAACUGAAUUGAAUGAAUCAAUGUUUUUAGAUAAUUCGGAAAAUCGGUUCGAGUAUAUACUGUCAGAUGGAUUUUUUGAUGACUCUGGAGAACAGUUAUCGUAUGUUAGGGUUAAUGCGAUUGAUAAAGUUGUUAAACAAGUUGAUGAGAUAGAGGGUUUAAAUAAAUUCGAAAAGAAACAAUUGAAAAUCGAAAUAGCCCGCGAAAAAAUCGAAAAAGCAUGUAAGAAACGACGAGAGAAACAAAGUUCAUUUAAUGACACACCUAUCCAUGAAGGCGAUCUAUUAUUAUUAAAAGUUCCUCUCAGAUCGGAUAAAGAAAAUCGAGUAAUCUCAAAGUUUUUUCACAUUUACCAUGGUCCUUUUAAGGUGAAAAGGGUUAUUAAUCGAAAUGCGUAUGAACUGAUUGAAAGGGACGAUCCUUAUGAGAUUAAGGGAAUAUAUAAUCGAAUUGAUUUUAAAAUAUAUAAGACGCAAAGUGAUUAAACAAAUUAUGUUUGAGAAGAAAUGUUAAUUGGAUUUAAAAAAUAAUGAAAUACUAAUCAUUACGAGAGAGAGAACAAUAUAUGAAUUUGUAUGUAUUGUAAUUGUUAAUUGUAUUAAUGUAAAAUGUAAAUGACGAUUGUAUGUUACAUUGUAAUAUACAAAAAUUAAUAUAUAAAAUGAAAUUAAUGUUAAAUGUAAUUGAUGAUCGUAUGUUGCGUAAUAAUAUGUAUAAAGUUCGAUAUAAAAAUGAAAUCAAAUAAGUAAAAUGACAAAGAUGUAUAAAUACGGCUGUUAAUAUUGUUAACGACUCAAGAAUGAUUUGAAUCAUUGUAUCACCGUUAAAAGGGGGGUGAUGUAGUGGUUUGAUAGCAUGUGAAUAGAUUGAAAGUAUCUGCGAUUAUGAGCAAUCGGUUAUUGUCGGGAAAAACGACGUUUGUCGAUUAAAAUAGCAUGGGUGGGAGAGAAUAAUUUUGGAAGAGGGUCUUGAGAAAAGAUUUUCCUUGUAUUAAUUAAAAUUCUCAAAGUAAUCAUACUGUGAACAUUAUAUAAUUUGCAAAAGCAAAAUUUAUUAAAAUAUAAAAUAUAAUUAUUGUUUAAAUUUAUGAAGUGCCAUAUUCGGGUAGUUUUGUUUCAAGAAGAUUAACGAUCUUAAUUAAAUUUAUCUCUGAUGCCCAGGUAAAUAUAAAAACAUAAAAAGUAUUUAAAAAAUAUAUAAUAUAAAAUUCUAAAUUGUCUAACAAUAUAUUAUAGUAUGGCACUUCGUUAGAGGACUAUUGUUUGUUGAACAGAGCAACAAAAUAAAUAUCCUCUGGGUAUUGAGGCCCAUAUUUUGAUCCUGAAUUCUCCUGAGUUCACCUAAAUCCCAGGAAAAUCUUUUCUCACAAUCGUGCAUCACCCCAAAAAGGAAUUCGAUAGUCUUGAUGAGUGAGGAGUAAUUCUUUAAGGAAAAUCAACGAAUUUAACAAAAGUAUUGUGGUAAUGUACAACUCAGCUGUGUCCUUUCUUUAUAAAAAAUCUUUGGAGUGAAACAUUACUAUUAUAUUUAAUUUAAUAUUAUUUAAAGAAUAAAUUACUCAAGUAAAAAUGAAA